AUGCCUACCAUAUCUAAAAUAAUCAAAACUAAAAAAAAAUCAUAGCAGGUACUUGUUUUGCUUUAGCUUAAUUAAUUUUGCUAAAGCUUAAUGUAAUACUUACUAAGCCCUUAUAGCUUACUAAAGGAGAAGGCAUUGGUAAAAAAUCAACCAUUUGUAAAUUCAUUCCAAAAGAAAAUAACUUUUAAAUAUGUACUUGUAAAACAUUCACUAAAUAUGCAGAUGAAGAAAAAGAUUAAUCUACAUGUAAGACUAAUCCUUCUUUUUAUUGGACUAUAAAUUAAUGUAUUGAUUACCUUAUGA